AUGCCAGCAUUGAAGAUUUCACUUUUCAAAAUGAAGGACCUGAUGCUGAUUCUGUGUCUCCUAGAACUGAGUUCUGCAGUACCGAUGUUUCCUCAGCAACCUGGGACACCAGGCAUGGCUAGUUUGAGUCUUGAGACAAUGAGACAGUUGGGAAGUUUGCAGGGAUUAAACAUGCUUUCUCAGUACUCAAGAUUUGGUUUCGGAAAGUCCUUUAAUUCCUUGUGGAUGCACGGCCUCCUCCCACCACAUUCUUCUUUCCCAUGGAUGAGACCUAGGGAGCAUGAAACUCAACAGUAUGAAUAUUCUUUGCCUGUGCACCCCCCACCUCUCCCAUCGCAGACAUCCCUGCAGCCUCAACAGCCAGGACAGAAGCCUUUCCUCCUGCCCACAGUUGCAACUGCCAUCCAGAACACCGUGCAGAAGGGAGGACCUCAGCCUCCAGUGUACCAAGGACAUCCACCCUUGCAGCAAGCAGAGGAACCAAUGAUUCAACAGCAGGUGGCACCAUCUGAUGUGCCACCAAAGGCCAAGCUACCAGAAGUGGACUUUCCUGAGCUACAGGCGCCAUCUUUGUUCCCAAUAGCCCGUCUGAUAGCUCAGGGACCAGUGCCACAAAAUAAACCAUCGUCGCUUUAUCCGGGAAUGUUUUUCAUGUCUUAUGGAGCAAAUCAAUUGAAUGCUCCUGUCAGACUUGGCAUCAUGAGCUCAGAAGAAAUGGCGGGAGGAAGAGGAGGUCCCAUGGCAUAUGGAUCCAUGUUCCCAGGAUUUGGAGGCAUGAGACCCAGCCUUGGGGGGAUGCCCCACAACCCAGCCAUGGGUGGAGACUUUACUCUGGAAUUUGACACCCCGGUUGCUGCAACAAAAGGCCCUGAGAAGGGAGAAGGAGGUGCACAAGGCUCCCCCAUGCCUGAGGCCAACCCUGUCAAUCCGGAAAACCCAGCUCUGCUUUCCGAGGUGGCACUUGGUGCCCUCGGAGGGCUCCUUGCUUCCCCUAAAGGCAGUGUUCCCAGCCUGGUUAAAGGCCCUGCUGGGCAGAGUUGGGGAACACCCAAGGUCACCCCAGCAGCUGCUGAUCCACUGAUGACCCCUGGACUUGCUGAUGCUUAUGAGACCUACGGUGCUGACAUGACUACGCCACUGGGUCUCCAGGAAGAAUCAACCACAGAUGCCACUGUGUCCCCAGACACGCAGCAAACAUCACUGCCAGUAAACAAGGCCCAGGAGCCCCAGAUUACGCAUGAUGCCUGGCAUUUCCAGGAGCCCUGA